AUGGUCAGACUACACUUUCCGCGCCGCUUUCGGCGCAACACCCUAACAACACAUCACGACCUGUCAACUCCCAUUGUCCCUUCUUUAACAGAAGAAUCACCAAUUUUCCGUGAACAACGAGAUCAAGAGGGCGACCGCUUCGGUCGUGAGCUCUAUGUAGCAAUUCGCAACCAGCACUUCAUGGGAACUUGCUCUUGUCCUCUACCAUCAAUCUACACAUCAAAAACCGAAGCGCUGCUCUCUGGGACAGGGCACAUACGAUUCUUCAUCCGCGACGACGAUCCGACGCACCUAUCUGUCAUCCAGAAAGCAACGGAUCCCAACUGGCAUUGCGCAUGCACCGAGUGCCCAUAUUGGCCAGUGUACGAAGACUUGCUGAGCCGAUCCCAUCUUAAUAAGAACGGCAAGCGCAUCGCAGAGGCCACCGAGCUUGAGCUCGUCUCACAAAGCGGCAUCAACCCCAAGUCGGUGAAAAGGGUCCUGCCGGCAGCAUUCUCUCCUGCUUUGAUCAUGGACGUGCGAGAGACGAGAAGAGACGCUAAGCAGUAUUCCCAUCUGCAGACACCAGAGCGAGAGCAAGAGUCGCCAGCGUCAGAGCCAGAGCCGCCAGAGCCGCCAGAGCCAGAGCCAGCGUCAUCGUCCGAAUCGCCCAUGGAAAGCUCGUGGAUAAACCCUUUCGCCCUCGCUACCCAGGCUCUAAAUACGAUGGCCACACCAUUUACCAAUUUCCGGAAUUUCAUCUCCGGCUUCUUCCAGGGGGAAACCCAACACGAAAUCGUUGAGACGUGGAAGGUUGACGAUGCGAACGGAAUCGUGUCAGUCAAGAGAUUGAAACGACACUGCUCGCCUUCAACGGAUGCAGACCCUAAUGAGCUCCUGGGUUUUUCCUGGGUCGACGACGCAACCUCCUACAUCGGACGAGAUGCGCUCGAACACAUUUUGCAGGUUUUACACCAUCGCCUGGAUUUGAUUCACCGCUCCAAAGUCACCUACAGCGACUCACUUGAAGACCUCAGGAGGAGUUUCGACCCCAGCCUUGGAGAGGACCUCGACCUCAACAUCGCAAUCCACAGACUCAUGACCGACACUCCAAGGAUCGGGCCUGUGCUUCCUACCGACAGCGCAGAGGUACGGGAAACGAAACAGCGUGAUGCACAAGAUUUAUACUUCGAUGGCGCCUUCACAGCCUGCGAGCUGAUAGAAGAAAUGUAUAACGAGCAUAACCUUGAUAGGUACAAGGCAUUGUUUCCGAACCCACCGCGAACAAUAGCGUAUGAGGAAUACGCCAAGCCAGAAAAACACGAAAGGACGUUGCAUCGAAAGGCCAAAAUUGCCGCGGAGUUUAUCGCGUGGUUGCUGCAAAAUCAUAUGGACGGCAUGGAGGGGCUCAAAGAAGCUUUAUCAAAGGUCUUCGUGGAUGCCAAUGCCGUCCACAAGCACGAAAUUAUCCCCAGUUACAUCAAGCCUACCGCAAACGAGUCAUCGCCAAUCCCCGGAAGUUUCCCCACCGGGCCGGACUCCGCUUUCGAAGAAGUUCCCAUAAACGAUCUCAACGUUGCGUAUCGGUGGGAAUAUAAAUUUCCCUCUACCGAUCAACCGAACACCGAACAUACACCCAUCAAUGUCAAUGAGUUCCGGCCUAUCCUGGAACCCAAAGGCAUCCUCAAAAAGCCCAAAGAAUGGCCAACCCCUGGAUCGCCAAAGUGUGUCGCGACCCCCGAUAAAACCAAAAGACUCGACUUUAUUGCGCCCGUGGCGAGCUACGCGCCGCCUAAAGAAAUACCCGUCCAAGUGAUGAGCCUCAAAGAUGCCAUCAACGUGCAGUGGCACCACCCCACCGAAGCUUCAAACUCCGUCAAAGACUACGAAAACGAUGCGAGCCGAAACAUUGGACAAGCCGCCAGAAACCGGCAUCGGUUUGCAAAGGUGGAUAAAAGCAGAAGCUUCACCGUCUCGGAUCCUACCAGAUGGACAGAAAAGGAGGUUGAAAGAGAUGACGCGGAAAUGGGACUCCGAGUUCACGAGGCCAAAUAUGGUCCUUUCCUUAGUGACCUCCGGCAAGAAAUGCUGGAAAAUUUCCAAGCCAGCGCUCAGGAACAACCAAAGCCGGAGCCCGACUUCAGGGUACGGAGACAAAUUCUGCAACGAAUCCGCCACGACAGACACCAAAAGAACUCUCAAGGGGCACGUGGGGAGAAGAAUUCGAUUCUCGAUCGGUUCUUCCGGAAGGCGGACCGAGAGGAUACCAUAGCAACAGAGGGGGCCACCUCGGAAGCAUCUCAACAGGAACCCAGCCUUUUGCUGGAGCAAGCAUCGGCAACCAGUCAGGUGCAGCAGUCAGCGGCUGAUAACGACCUCGCAAUUGCCACAAAAAAGCUCGAAGACUUGGAGGUUAGCCGCCAACUGGCCCACGAGUGGGGGGAUGGUAUUCGCCGCGACGUCGAGGAGCGGCACAGAGAAGCCGAAAGAAUCAGAAAGGAAGCAGAGCGGAAACGGCGCGAGGAGAAGCGGCGACAAGAACAGGAAAGCAGGAGGCGCCGUGAAGAGGCAGAACAGGCCUCGCGGACCGGUCUGCGCGCACCCAAACACCCCCUGAUCGGAAGCCUCAGCAAUGAUUGGGAAAAGAAAGUCUCCAGUGUGCUCCAUGCCAACCCUUCCGCGGAACUGGCCAAGACUCUAGACGGUCAGCCGCUCACAAAACGCGAUUUUGUUGAGAAGUUGCUCGAACCUCAGGCAUGGCUGAACGACAAUGUGAUCAUUGGCAGUAUUUCUCAUAUCGCCGAUGCCAUCAAUAAGUCGGCGGGGGCCGAAGACACCAAACCCAAGUGCGCUGCUUUCACGUCGUACUUUUGGCCACGACUUGAGAAUGCUGGGCCAACCCAGUGCGGGCGCCUGAUGCGCAAGGCACAUGUCAGAAAGGAGAACUUUUUUGACAUCGACACCAUCCUCAUUCCUAUCUGCGGUGGCCUACAUUGGACGUUGGCGGUUGUACGGCCAGGGAAGCGGACUGUAGCGCACCUGGAUUCAAUGCGAGCGGGCGCAGGCGAUGUCGAGGUCAAAGAGAGGUUGCUCAAUUGGGUCAGGGUCACGCUUGAGGACAAGUGGGUAGCGUCAGAAUGGUCGACGAUUGACUACGAAGCUCCCCGUCAAACCAACGGGUACGAUUGUGGCGUCUUCACUAUUACAAAUGCUCUUUGCCUCGCGCUUGGGCUCAAUCCUAAGAAGUCGUAUACUGCAGGGCAGCUCACACUGCAGAGGCGGAGGCUGGCUGCGGUACUACUCAAUGGAGGAUUCACGAAAGAUUUUUCGUUGGAAGGGUUUUGA